AUGGCGGCGCUCCAAGCAGCGUUGGACCCUGUCAGACUGAAAUGUUUACUUUCUUUACUUCUGCUUCACUUUUGUCGGAUUUCUGCCGAGCAGCUGGAGUGGGAUGACAGCGGAUACGUGUUGUACUGCCCCUGCAUGGGUCGCUUUGGGAACCAGGCAGACCACUUCCUGGGAUCUCUGGCCUUUGCUAAGAUGCUGAACCGAACCCUGGUGGUCCCUCCCUGGAUUGUGUACCGGCACCACACACCACCUUACACCAAUGUUCAUGUUCCCUACAGCGACUUCUUCCAGCUGGAGGCUCUGUCGGCCUUCCACCGCGUGGUCAGUCUGGAGGACUUCAUGGAGAAGCUGGCCCCCAAGCACUGGCCCCCGGGCCGGAGGAGGGCCUACUGCUUUGAGGCUGCGGCCCAGCGGAGCGCAGACAAGAAGUCCUGCCCCAUGAAGGACGGGAACCCGUUCGGUCCGUUCUGGGAUCACGCCGGCGUCGAGUUCGACGGGUCGGUUUUGUUCGGAGGGAUUUCCUUCAGCUCCUACCAUCAGCCGCAGUGGAUGAAGAAGUUUCCUCCCUCUGAGCACCCGGUCCUGGCUCUGCCCGGCGCUCCGGCCCAGUUCCCUGUGAUCGAGGAGCACGUGGCGCUGCAGCGCUUCGUGGUGUGGUCGGACCGGAUGGUGAAGGAGGGGGAGGAGCGCAUCGCCACCCUGCUGACCCGGCCGUACGUCGGGAUUCACCUGAGGAUCGGCGUCGACUGGCAAAACGCCUGCAAGCUUCUGGAAAGUGACGACGCGGGGCCUCACUUCAUGGCGUCCCCUCAGUGCGUCGGCUACAGCCGUCAGACGGCCCUCCCCCUCACCGCCACCAUGUGCCUUCCCGACCUGACGGAGAUCCGCAGGGCCGUCAAACUGUGGGUGAAGAAGAUCUCGGCCCGCUCCGUCUUCGUCGCCACCGACUCCGACUCCCACAGGGACGAUCUCGAGAAGCUCUUGAAGGGGAAGGUGAAGGUGGUGACUCUCCAGGAGGACUCGGCCCAGAUGGACCUGUACGUCUUAGGACGAGCCGAUCACUUUAUCGGGAACUGCGUCUCCUCCUUCUCCGCCUUCGUGAAGAGGGAAAGGGACGUCCGCGGCCUGCCGUCCUCCUUCUUCGGCAUGGACGAGCCCGGGAGAGUAAACGGCAGAGAAGAACUCUGAGCGUCCAAAAUGUCCACGUCGUGGACGAUGGUGCUGGACGUGGAGGGACAAACGCGGCGCAGCGGGUUCGUUUUGGGUCCAGUUUUAAGUUGAGCUUAGGACCAAGCUGCUCGUCUUCAGGUUCAAGUUAGAACGUCUAAUUUUUCCUAAAGGACACGACAGAUGACACCCAUGUUCUGAAAGGAAAC